GCAGGAGGAAGUACAGAAGUUUGAGAACGUUGUUUUUUUUUGGAGUCUGACAGACAUGUAUGCAGACAGCAGAAUCAACUGAGGUGUUUUUUGUUAUGAUAUCAGAUAACCUUUUUGUUUGCGUAUUUUAACUGGCGGCUGACUGGGCUCGAUUGGUAAUGGAAUGGAUCUGCCAGAAGAGAUCCUUGCACAUAUCUUUUCUUUCCUGCCUUUACAGGACAAAUGCAACGCAUUUACUGUUUGUAAGGCUUGGUCAAAUAUCAUGACACAUCCAAGCUCAUGGAGAGAUACUGAAGUCAGGUGUGAGUCAGGAACCAGUGUCCCUGAAAGAUAUUCUGCUCUUCUGUCAUUGGUCAGAAAUUUGAAACUGAUAAUGAGUCUGACCGAUCCAGCCAAUCGCAAAACAGCACUAUGGGUGUUGCGGCAGGCGAUAUCCAUGGGCGAUGGGCGGCUGCAAUUGCAAGGACUUUCCAUCUGUUGUGUGGGGAACACACCCCUCUUUUAUGCUGGUCAGGACUUGCAGCAAGGCUUAGUGGACAUACUGACGAAUGGGUCGUCCCUGACCCAGCUUGACCUAAAGGGUGUGCCCUUCACCCUCAGCGACUCCUUCGUCAGGAGCGUUGCCAUGCUUUGCCCUGCUCUGCAAAGUCUUUAUGUCAACAAUCAUUCUUUGGUGUGUGGCGUCAACGCGGAGACUCUUAGGCAAGUGCUGAAGUCCUGCCAGUCGCUCAAUGUUCUUGGAGUUUUUCAGGCUAGUCUAUCACAAGACGUCUUUAAAGAUCUCAUGCUGCCAGAACGACCAGCAUUAAAGAAACUAGAGCUCCGUUGUGAACGCUCACUCAAAUACACCGUGCCUCUCUGUGACCAGAUAUGGUUAGAGUUAAAACUGAGACACCCACGUCUCUGGGUGGAACUUGAGCUUGACCACACCCUACCUGAAUUGCACGUCCCUGGGGUUCUGCAGCCCAGCAUCCCAGUUCGAUGUCUUCGGCUGCUUACUUGGACAUUGCUGUUGAAUGAGGUUCAGAUAGUCGGGCAGAGCUACGCAACCACGCUAGAGUUUCUUGAGCUGCAAACGACUGCGUCUUCUGAACUAAACCAUGUGUUGAUAGCUUUAGCGAAGCAAUGCAUUAAGCUCCAAGAGGUUCACUGUUAUUGUGUGGUCUCACAAGAAGUGAUAACAGCGUUCAUCACAAACUGUCCGAAUCUCUACAGAUACACACUCAAAAUACACAAAGAGGCUCACCCCUGGACCUGUACAAAACUAAAGUAAUGGUCUCUAGCACUCUUCACACAUGAUUAGAUAAUGUAAUUCAUACACUAAUCACUAUGUACUUUUUCUUUUGUCAUCAACAGAAAUUGUUUGUAUUGAAGGGGUAUUACACCCAAAAAUAUAAUAACUCUGUCAUCAUUUACUCACCCUCAUGUCAUUCCAAACUUGUACGACUUUCUUUCUUCUGCGGAACACAAAAGAUGAUAUUUCGACAUUGAAGCGUGUUGACUAUGGGCAAAAACGAUGAGACAUUUCUCAAAACAUCUUCUUUUAUGUUCCACAGAAUAAAGAAGUGCAUACAGGUUUAGAAUGAGGACAGAAGUCAGUCAGUCAUACAUAAGGACAGUGAGUUUUCUUUUUGGUAAACUAUAUCUAAAUUGGAAAAGGAAAAAAGGAAACGGUCACUUAUGUUUUUAGAGUUUUAGUGUUUUUUUU